AUGGACGAGACGCUCUUUGGCGUCGCGGAGCGCGUGAAGAAUUUCGCGGUGGUGUACCUGGUCGAUACGACGCAGGUGCCCGAUUUUAACAAGAUGUACGAGCUGUACGACGCGUGCACGGUCAUGUUCUUCUUCCGCAACAAGCACAUUAUGAUUGACCUGGGCACGGGCAAUAACAAUAAAAUCAACUGGGCCAUCGACAGCAAGCAGGAGAUGAUCGAUAUCAUCGAGACCGUGUACCGCGGCGCGUCCAAGGGCCGCGGUCUGGUCAUCAGCCCCAAGGGUGCGUGGCGCCGGCGCUCACACAGACUACUCGACGCGCUACCAGUA